AUGCCACAAGGAAGUGGUUUCCACCCAUUUGGUGGCAGAUUAUCCAAGCAUAUGGGCAAUUCGCUUUCUCCUGAAGCUGCAUAUCUAAGUUAUUAUGAUGUACGAUUGACAAGAGAAGACGUUAAUACGUUGAAGGAUGACUGGCUUACGGAUAAUACAAUCGCCUUCUGGCAGGAAUAUCUCGAGAACGAAUACCUCAAGCGAUACCCCUCCUCCCACAUCGUCCUACUUCGACCUUCCAUGGCAUAUAUGCUACGAAUGCACGAAAACCCAGUCCUACUCAGGUCUGCUCUUCCAGACUUUCGUCUCACCACUCACAUCUUCCUCCCCAUAAACGAUAAUCGCAAUGUUUCCCAAGCAGAAGGUGGAUCUCACUGGACACUUCUCCUCGUAUCCGUUAUCGAUGGUGUAGCAUUCCAUUAUGAUUCUCUCUCGCCCUCGAAUUACGAAGAAGCAAAUACGACGACUUACAAACUAGGUCAGUUAUUGGGUCGUCAGUUGAAGUUUCUGAAUCUGCAGGAUACUCCCCAACAGCAGAAUGGAAGUGAUUGUGGGGUUUACGUGUGCAUUAUCAUGCGCCAUUUGUUGUUGAAGAGAUUGCUGUGCGCAAACGCGAAGGAAAAGGUUUCUAUGAGUAUGGGAGGAAAAUUGAUAGAUGCAAGUGGAGCGAGAAAGGAGAUGCUGAAGAUUAUUGAGGGGUACAGGAAGGAGGGAGAGAGGCGGAGAUCACAAGACGAAAGUCGUAGCUCAUCCCCUUACCAAAAGGGUAAUCGAAGUCCUCCCCGAAUCGAUUCAUGA